AUGACGGCAUCCACUUCGCCAAUUCCUAGACUUCCCACUCCCAUUCCUUCGCCAUCUAUCGACCCUUGCGAUGAGCUCAGCGCUGAUCUACUCUUUCCACCUGGGCUGGACCUACAUGAUGGCGACAUGGACGCAGACAAGUUCAGUGACAAUGGCGGAGAGGCCGCAGAUCCAACUAAGGGUAUUCAGCAGUCCGCUCAAGGAAGGCGAAGGUCUUCCUGGCCUUUGAGAGGCUUGCCAGGCCUAACGAACCCAACGGACACCGACGAUGAUGCGGACGUCGAAACACUCACAUCGUCUUCUGGCGAUGACUCUCCACCUACUGGCCUCCACAGAUCAAACACCGACCCCUAUAAUGAUCUCCGACGCGGACUGUUUGCAGGAGGUUUUCCGCCUCGCUUUACCUGGUUCUCUGCCGACAAAUCACCUUUGAACGGGCGAGGAUCCUCGAAGCAACUGGAUGACCAUUCGAACGGUUCUGUAGACGAACAUGCUACGGCCUCAGACCUGCACGUAGAGGGAGUGGAAAGCCAUGUGCAAGAUGCCGUUGAGACCCGCACAAGUGCGUCUCUGAAGAGAAGCCACAGCACGGGACACCAGACCACAGCCAAUAAGCAGGCGGCCUGUCCUUCAUUGCUGGCAGGUCUGCCCAGAAAGAGCAGUGUACCUUGCGACGCGGCUCUACUAUCGGCCGGGAGCCAUCGAAAGAGCACUGCUGCCGACACAGCAAUUACCCUCACAGACGUCCAUGCCGUGCCUAGCACUACAUCAUCAAUCAGUGACAAGUCUAAAGCGCUCUCACAAAAGACUUCCAGCAUAUCAAAUUCUACAGUCCAGGUCGUUGAAUCCCGCAAUGGCGUCUUCGAAGUGGUUUGGGACGACUCAGGCUCUGAUGAGUCCGACGAAGAUCAACCCGAACCAUCGCGGAGUCAAUUCUUUCAAGAAUCCGAAUCAGAGUACUCACGAACCGAUGCGUCGACUGGUCCCUCCUUGGCUGGCCUGCACCGGGUAAACAGCAAACUGGCUAACUGGUCAUGGAACGACGACUCCGAUGAAGGGCGAAACCGAGCUGGCCGCUGUCGGUUCAGGCCAGCAGUACAAGUCUUUCCUGACGAAUUAUCUCCUGACUCGGAGGUCGCUCAUCUCGACUUGCACGCUCCUCCAAGUAGUAAACUACCGAGCGAGCAUCCAUCCCGGGACGCUUCUCAACUGCCGUAUUCACGCCGCCUUGACUCAAGCCUGGCUGUCAUUGAAGAUGACCCUGGUCACAGCGAUUUUACUAUCACCGGUCUUGAAGAGAUCAACGAGGAUCACGAAACAGGACAAACCAGUCUUGCUACUGUGCCAGGCCCGUACGUGGACAACAAGUCAGGACAGGUAGCGGCAAACUCGCGCAGACGGCAACUUUCCAACCUCGUCCGCAGGCUGUCCAAUUUGCCGGAGAAGGAUGAGCAUUUCAAAAGCCAUAGGGAUUCCUUGAUCCUAUCCCGAAAACAGUUGUACCAUCCGCUCCCGUCCAAGCAUAGAGACUCCGUCGCUGUUGCCAAGGAGAGGCUUAGAAGGAAGCUUCAUCGCUCGCCGACAGCUCCGAAGACCAUCCGCGCAAAACCCACCCAGCAAGUCAGGUUUGGCGGCCUUUCUCCGAUUAUGGACGCUUCCCCUCCUACGGCCUCAGCUGCUGGAAGUUUUGAGCGACACGCCGUGACUCGGAGCAUAGACCAGAUUACCCGAUCAUCUCCCGCUCAUUUAAGUCCAAAAGUCAAGUUCAAUGGCAUGUCGCCGCCGGUGUGCGCCGAGAGUAACUGGCCACUACAUUCCGGAUCUCACGGUAGCUCGUCCUCGCCCCCAAGAGCUUCACUGCGUCAGCGCUUUCCGGCAUCUCCUUGA